AUGUCAUCCAGCGCUAUCAUUGAGCCAGCGGUCAGGAUGUCCAUGGGCAUGGGGAAUAGCAGUGGCGGUAGCGCAAAAACCUGUAAAAUAUCUAUGUUGUGGAAUUGGUACACCAUUGAUACGUGCUUUAUCUCAAAAUCAUGGAUGAACGAUACGAGAGGUAAAUUUGCGGGCUCCUGCAUUGGCUGUUUCCUUUUGGUAGUAGCCGCUCAGUGGCUAAACCGUGUGUCUCGACAAUUUGACCUGGAAUUGGCCAAGAGACGGAAAUUCAAAACGUUGGUAAAACACAUGGGGACGCUAAAUAUCGGCGAUGAAGGCUCUGUGUCAUCUUUGCCUGACUCAGCGCUCCAGGAACUUCAGACGUUAGUAUCUGAGCCGGACUGGAGAACCACUUUGAGAGCGCUGGGGAGCACUUUGUCUCAUACGUGGUAUGUAUCCCACAACCUCACUGAUGGGUCAGCAGAGGUUGAGUCCAUGACACGAUGCUGUUCAACUCCCCUGAAUAUAUAUCCCACAAUGUUGGAUCAUGUUCUGCGCGCUCUCAUCUUUACAAUCCAAUGGGGAUUGUCUUACAUUAUCAUGCUGCUCUUCAUGUAUUACAACGGUUAUAUUAUCAUCAGCUGCCUGUUGGGUGCUUUAUUUGGCAGACUAUUGUUCAACUUCGAACCACUAACGACUUGUGGUGGCAGCAAUAGUAGCGGUAACAUUGUCGCCCACGACAAGGAAGAAAACGAUAGGAAGUGUUGCAUGUAG